AUGGGUGUGGCCUUGUUGGCGUGCCCCACCAUAUCAGACGCAGCAGUGGACACCAGCACUGAGAUCACCAUCAAGGACUUGAAAGAAAAGAAGGAAGUUGUGGAGGAGGCAGAGAAUGGAAGAGAUGCACCUGCCAAUGGGAAAGCUAAUGAGGAAAAUGGGGAGCAGGAGACUGACAAUGAGGUAGAUGAAGAAGAGGAAGAAGGUGGGGAGGAAGAAGAGGAGGAGGAAGAAGGUGAUGGUGAGGAAGAGGAUGGGGAUGAAGAUGAGGAAGCUGAGGCUCCUAUGGGCAAACAGGUAGCUGAGGAUGAUGAGGAUGAUGAUGUUGACACCAAGAAGCAGAAGACUGAGGAGGAUGACUAGACAGCAAAAGGAAAAGCUAACCUUACACACCAUGACCUAUUCACCCUCCACUUCCCAU